UCCCUGCCCCUCGGAGACCCCCCCCCCCAACUCUCCGCCGCCACCAUGAACCGCUUCUGGAAAUCACGGUUCCUGGAAUCACUCCCUCGAACCCCGAAGUGGGUCCCCAUCCUCGGCGAGCUGCAGAAGACCCUGCAGAAGGGCGAGUACCUGCCCCUCGGCCCGCUGCCCAUGUUCGAGAGUAACUUUGUCCAGGUGACCAACAGAGGGUGCCCCGUUUACGUGCACCACCGGCCCAACAGGGUGACCAUAGGCGUGGCCGCCUCCCUGCCUGGACUCCUGUUGCCCGACCUGCUUCUCAUCGGCCAGCCCCCGGACCGCGAACACCCCAGCUUGGUCCUCACCAGGAUGAUACCGCUGGGCCUGGCACACCUGUACGUGCACGAACUGGCCACCUGGCGCCUGAAGCUGCGCCUGGUCACUGGCCGUUACUACUACCUCGAGCUGGACGCUCCUAGCCGUGAGGCAAGUUUCCUGUUCAACCGCUGGAUCCGCCUCAUCCACCAGCUGCAGGAGCCAGCCCCUGCCUGGGCCCCCCAAGUGGACCUCAACCUCACCACCGCUCCCCCUUCUACUUGGCGCCUCCAGGAUCAGGAGGACCCCUGCAAACAUUCAGCGGUGGUCCUGGAGCCCACCUUUCCGUUCUCGGCGCUGGCAUCACCACACAGACAGAGGAAGGUCAAGACACUCCAGCGCAGGUUCAGGUCCCAGGCAGUGGGCGACUCGGUGCCUCUCGUUUGGUCACAAAAGCUGGAGGAGCCCAAGACCACCAAGAAGAAAGGCGAAGAGAAGGCGUCUCCAGGUGUCUACCUGCCUACAUCUCAGCGCCAUGUCCAAGUUUCCGAAAAACACAGCGUCACCAUCCAGACCAUCUUUAGCAUUGUCUCCGACACCAUCAACAAACAGUCCUCGACCAAGGCACCUAGACCCCAGGGGGGUCUCCCGGUCGGCCCCCCUGAUGACAAGAACAUCAGCUCCAUGGGGGGUUUAGUGGAACCCUCAGAGCACUGCAUUCCACCCAACAAGCACGACUUGUCCAUGCUGGGCUCCUAUGACCACCUCAAUCGACACCUGUGGCAGCAAGGUCUGGAGGAGCUCAUGGACCCCGAAUCCAGCAGCGUGACCUCUUCCUCCUUGGACCAGUUUGCAGACUCUCCUGCCUUCCAGGAGACCAAGCCCAUCCCCCACUCCCAUAAGCACCUAGACAAGGGCUGGCUGUCUAGGCCCCUGAAGAAAACGGGAGCACCACCCAUGAGAAAGACCCCUUCUGUGCCCACCACCUUCUACAACGCACCUGUGCUCCUCGACCAGUCCCAGAAAGCCCCAGCCCAGAAGGCCCUGCCUGUAUCGGCCCUCCGGAAAGAGCGGGACCUACCCUGCCCAUCACACAAGGCGCUGUCCAUGAGGCCUGUGCUCCUGAAGGGCCCUGAACCCUCUGAGCCGCACAGGGUGGAUGCUCACCACAAGGGGGCGUGCUACCUCUCCAACAAGCAGAAAUCAGCCUUCCAGGCCACCUCAAGGCUGUGGGCAAGGAGCCGGCACCCUGAGGCCUCCCCCCCCAGCAAGGCCUGUGUGAAUCAACAGGUUCUGAGUAGCAACAAGGAGGAUAAGGAGCAGAGGGGCAAGAAGAAAGGGCCCCCAGAGGCAAGGAGCAAGUGGGCGCCCCCUGCCCUCAGGCCCUCGCCCAGGUCGGUGGUGGAAUUGGAGGCACUGCCACCCCACCGUGGGCAGGGGCAAAACCUGGAGGGCCAGAAUGUUGAGGGGAGGAUGGGAGAUGAGGCGCUUGGCGCCCCAAGAAAGACCUACAUGGAUAGGACUGGCUUCUGGCCAUGCGCACAGCACCAGAAGUGGGACAAGCGUCCAGUGCUGGCCGUGGCCCCACUAGAGCAGGGCAGACCCUUCUCUGCUGAGGGCCUGGCCAUGGCCAAACUCAUCAUCAUGGCCCAGUCAGUGGACCAGCAGACGGCAGCUCCAAGUGAGUCCACAGCGCCGUACUGGCUGUCUGUUGCCCACCUGCGAGCUGUGUCCAUGAAGGGCCAGAACUCCCUGAAGGACAGGUCGCCCAGGUUGCUCACGAAGACGGUGCUGCUGGCCUCUAAAGCCCAGGAGGGCAACACGGUUUCCAUAGGGACAGGGGAGGACCUGCCCAGAGACCAGGGAGAGGCUCCCGCCCCGCCCUCUCAUGCUCGGGGGGUCGCCCCUGGCCCAAAGAUGCCCAUCUCCAAGGCACCCAUUCCUCUGCCCCAGUCCACAUGGGAGGAGGUUCCCCCCACUCCCACCUCACAGACCCCCAUCAGCCAGUUGAAGGAGAGGGUGUCCCAUUUCAAGAAAGGCUCCCAGGGGCCGAAGCCUGAGUCCCCGCAGUCCGUUGUGGCCACGGUGGGCUCCAGCUCCCAGACUUUCUUCCUCCGGUCACUCACGGAGAUGCAUAGCAAGACGGAAUUGACCACUGUGAAGGAGACAGAGGCACAGAAAAACGAGGCACCUGAAAGCAAGAAGGAAUUGGCCACGGCGAAGGAGGAGAUGGAGCCACAGAAAGACGAGUCACCUGGACAGAAUUUAGGAGCUUCUGCGCCUUUGCUCCACAGGUAUUUGAGGGUUGGUGGCUGA